AGAGAGUGUAGCAAGAGCAGAGAGUUGUGAUUUGUACAAUUUGGGGAGCGCUACAGAGACUGAACUGUGCAGUAACAGAAACCACUUGUGUGUUUGUGCGUGUGUGUCCAUGUGGCUGAAAGUAUAGUAUUUGGGAAGUGUCUGCCUGUGUGUGUGUGUGUGUGGGUGUGUGUGUGUGUGUGUUUGAGGAACCAUGUCAUGUCUCGGGAAAGGUUUGAGAGUGAAGCGCUGCCUCACCUUUGCUACGGGUCUGGUGGAGUGUCUGUGUUUUGCUGGAGCUGUGUUUGGAUGGGCUUCUCUUGUUUUUGUCUUGAAGACGGAGGGCUACUUCAGCUCUCUGUGCGUCAACACCACAGGAGUCAAUGCAACGCAGGUCUUAGAUUGCAGCGGGCAGGAUGAACAGUUCUCUCUUGUUUUCACCACCGCCUCCUUUCUGAACAAUUUCCUGACGCUGCCUAAUGGUUUCCUCUUUGACCGGUUUGGUACUACAGUGGCUCGACUCCUUGGAACCUGUCUUUAUACCCUGGGUUCCUUGAUGUUGGCUUUGUCAACUGCAGCUUUUUCCAACCUUCUCUAUCCAGCUAUUUCACUCGUGGCAGUAGGAGGCAUCUUGUUUUUAAUGACCAACAUGCAGGUUGGAAACCUGUUUGGCGCCCGUCGCUCGACCAUCAUUACUCUCUAUAACGGGGCGUUCGACUCUUCAUCAGCACUUUUCCUUGUCAUCAAGCUGUUGCAUGAGGCGGGCGUCUCUCUGCGAGCCUCCUUCUUCUUCCUGUGCGCCUGCAGCGUCCUUCACCUGCUCAGGACUUUCUUCCUGCUGCCCAGAAAACACAUUCCCUACCCACUGCCGGAUGAAUACACAUACGGGAUAACCUGUGGAAAAUCAAAGGCUCUGAGCUUAGAGCAGACACAAGAUUAUGGUAACGCUCAUAAGACGAGAGAGGAAACACUGAACACAGACGACCCGGUGAAACAAGAGAAGAGUUUCCGGGAGUGUUUGAUGUCCAGGCUCUUUGUCCUCCACCUGCUGUGGCUGUCAGUGAUGCAGCUCAGACAUUACCUCUUCAUCGGCACCCUCAACCCCAUGCUGCAGAGACUGACAGAAGGAGAGCCUUCAUUAGUGAGCCGGUACAUCAAUGCCUUUGCUAUAACACAGCUGUGUGGCGUGCUGUGUGCUCCAUGGAACGGCCUCAUCUUUGACAGACACAAGGGCAAACCUCGUGCUGCAGGAGAAAGUGAACAGGAAGCGGACCUGCGUGCCUCCAUACUUUCUCUCUUCCUUACGGCGCUGCAGUGUGUGUUGUUCUCGGUUUGUGCCGCCACCCCAUACCUGCCGCUUCAGUACCUCACCUUCAUCCUUCAGGUGCUCAACCGCUCCUUCCUCUAUGGCGGAAACGCAGCUUUCCUCAGUGUGGCUUUCCCGUCCUGCCACUUUGGGAAACUGUAUGGUCUGGUCAUGGCUCUGUCUGCAGUGUUUUCUGUGCUGCAAUAUCCAUUCUUUGCCUUGGUGAAUGGACCUCUGGGUGGAGAUCCUUUAUAUGUGAACGCUGGUCUGGCGCUGCUCAGCCUGCUCGCCUUCAUCCAUCCUCUCUCUGUGCUCCUGCACUGUAGAAGUCUCGCCUCCCAGCGAACCAUUAGUGCCUCCUCUCAAAGUCUGUAAAAUGAGACUCUAAAAUGCAAUUAUAACCACUCCGUUUGUUUAAUGGUUAAUGCCGGUAAUAUUUGUAUCUUUAAAUGCUUGUAAAUGCAUUUCAAAUGGCAGCAAUGUGCAUUCAAAGCGCAUUCACCACAUUCUCCUGGAUAUGUGUUUUUUAUUUUCCCUGUUGCAUAAUGAGUGUUACUUGAGUGUCAGCUGAUGGUGCAUAUGUGCUCUCAGGUAACUAAGCUUAAGCAUCUGUUAGCACUGUCUCUUUUUAUGGUUAAAUGUCCAUUUGCUCUCUGCUUACCAUGAUCUUGAUAUGUUUUAUGAUUGAUACUUUAUGACAUUUUGUGAAUUUCAAAUGUGAACCGAUCAAAAACCAGCAAAGCUGUGCCUCUCAGUUUUAUUAACCUACUGAUAUCAAUAUUGUGCCAAGUAAAGAUCUCCUUUAUUUGUUGGUUGUAUCAAAGAUAUGAAGUCUAAUGUUUCCAGUGUUUUUUUAUAUUUCAAUAGAAUAAUUGAGAGUAAUGAAGGAUUCCGUUCUCACAUUUCCCUUUUCUUAUAAAAAAGUUUUUUUGUAUCAGUAAGUUUAUGUUUUAGGUUGACUGUGUAUUUUGAGGGUCAAGACUGAAUAGGUGGUAAUGUUGUUGAAAUGUCACUUUAAAUUUGUAUAUUAUUCAUUGUGAUGCACCAAAAUAAAUGAAUCUUUGUAAAUAAGUAUAGCAAA